AUGGUUACUACGCGCAAGCGUGAGCUUCGACCUGAAGACUCGUGGCGCUUUGUCGAAGGAGAGAACGACAGUUUUGAUACGAGUAUUCUUCCAUCGCUUGGUGAAGAAUCACCACCACCUACGUCUUCUGGAAACUUUCCUUCUCAGCCCUUCUCCCAAGACACCAUCGGCUUUGCUUCGCAAGACAGCAUUCGCGACUUCGGCGCUGACCCGGACGACGAGCAAAUCAUCCUCCGAGAACCGUUUCGGCCAAGUCUUUCUCGCGCAAGUGUAAGCGCAAGCGGAGAACGGGUCUUUAGAACGCCUGAUCCAGAGUUCCACAUGCCUCGUUUAGAUGCCUCAUAUGAGGGAAGUGCUAGGAGUGAGCAGACGGUAAGAGGCUUGGGGAUAGGAUAUGGCGGCGAUGAGGGCAAGGGAAUGGGGCGCAUGAGAUCCGACGCUGAAGAUGAUUACUACCGCCGUCAAUAUCGCCAUGCAGCGCCACCGACAGUUGGCGGGCAACUCGCACAGAGCAUUCCCUCAGCGAUUUACAAUACCCUCGGUUGGUUCCUCAACGUCGUUGGACUUGCGUUUAGCUAUGCGCAGAAACCUUUUGCGAUUCUGUUGUCGAUCUACCUCUGCUUUGGCGGCCUUAUUAUUGCGCAGAAUAUGGCAACUCGCUCCAUCGCCGCAUCUCUUUCACCGAUCUGCCGUAUCCCAGGCGCAUCGAUUCUCAACCUUCCGUUUUGUCCAUCUCCAGAUUCUAUUGUGCCACCCGGUAGCGAUGGAUCACCUGUCGAGUUCGACGAUCUCAUGAACGUGCAAUCCAAGUUCGAGCAGGUCCUCGAAAAAAGCUCUGAUGGCGUAUCUUUACCUUUUGAAAUGAAACGGUCGGAAACGGCUAUCCGGGACCUUCGCAGCCUUGUGCGACACAGCGAUCUCCAGGCCCGCGAUGAGCUUCUCUUUGAGUUUGAUGGCUAUGUGGAUACAGCGCGACAAACAGCUGCUGACUUGCAGAAAUUCAAUACUCAUGUUGGUUCGGCCGUUGACGCCGUCAUAAGCAUCAAUCGCUGGACGUCUCGCUAUCUCGAUACCUUGGGCCCCGAAGCAGAUGAUGCGACUGCGCUAUCUUCGCCAUCUCCGAUCCUCGGCUGGGCAUCUUGGCUCUUCCAUCCUUUCCAGCCAACUACCGAACACAUCUUCAACGAGCGCGUUCUUCUUGACAAGUACAUUGAGCACACGGCUCUGGUUUCAGACCGUAUAUCGACUUUGAUACUCGAAGCGCAAGCCGUUCUACGUUUACUCACGAAAGCGGAGGACCACCUAAUGCUUAUCUACGACAUCAGCUCACGCUCAUCUGCUGAUACAGCAUCUCGCCGCGAAAACAUCCUCUGGAACAUCUGGACGAUUGUCGGCGCCAACUCGAACCAACUAAACAGCCUUUCACGCCAACUCGCUCUCCUACGCCAGGUCGAUACGCAGCGUUCUUCAGCAGUUGCGCAGGUCAACGCACUUAUUCUUGAGCUAGAGAGCAUCCAAGCCGGUCUUGGAGACCUUCGCGAUCGAGUGGCCGAGCCCGAAGUUUUACGCAACAGCAUUGGUGGAAGCACUCCUGUCCCUCUGAGUGUGCAUAUUGAGACUAUCGAUCGGGGAGUUGAGCGCCUCGAAGACGCAAGAAGCAGGAUUCGUGCUGCUGAAAAUGAUCGUGUACGAGAUGCAUUAGCCAGAGGAGGAGUGCGCAACGAGCCGCUACUUGAGGGGCAAGGAAAGUGA